CCUCACAUAAGAAACUCAAACCUAUUCUAGUUUCUUUUUUAUUAAAGAGAUCGAUCAUCAUCACUAAAAAGAAAACAAAAACAUUAGUAUUAGUAAAUUUAAACCCUAAAUUAAUAAAACUCAGGAACUCCCCCCAAAAAAAACUUGUUGCCCCUUGUUGUAUCAGAGUCGGACCCAACUCAACUCGCCGGCAACGCACCAAAGAAUUCCGUCGCAAAGUUACAUUGGAGUGUUAAAUUAGGGUUUUGAUUUUUGCAUAAUGAGGCAUAGUCAUGGUUCAAUUCCUCCUCGACUAUUGGAAAACAAACUCGCUCAACAAGAAGCAGAAAUCGAGCGAAUUUCUGGUGAAAAUCACAGAUUAUCAAUCACACAUAGAGCCUUAAGAGAUGCACUUGUUGAUACUGCACAAGAUGUGCAAAAGAUAAAAUCACACAUUAGAAGUACUCAAACUGAGAGUGAUAUUCAGAUUAGGGUUUUGCUUGAUAAGAUGGCGAAAAUGGAGGUUGAUAUUAGAGCCGGUGAUGUUGUCAAGAAGGAGCUUCAACAGGCUCAUAUGGAGGCGCAGAGUUUGGCUGCUUCUAGGAAGGAAUUGAGGGGCCAAAUUCAAUUGGCCACUCAGGAAUUGAAGAUGGUUGUUGGUGAUGUUAAAAGUUUACCUGAUUUGCAUGCUGAAUUCGAUAGUUUAAUGCAAGAGGAUACAAUAAUACGUGACACAUUCGACUAUGAAAAGAGCAAGAAUGUAGAGCUAGUAGAUCAAUUGAAAGCGAAAGAGAAGAAACUAAUAGCAAUGGCAAGAGAAGUUGAGAUGUUACGGUCUGAGAUUUUGAAUGCUGAGAAAAGAAUAAAUGCAUCAAAUAUGUACGGAGCUGCUACCCCGGCAGAUGGCAAUGGUCCCUUUCUCGAUCAUUAUGGGAGAGCUCACGGUCAGAUGGCUUUUGGCCAAAUAGGAGAGUCUAUGGUUCCAGUUGGCAACAGCAAUGGAGUAGCAGUUGUAAAUAGUGCUGAUGGUAGCGGUGCCGGUUGGGUGGGUCAAUAUGAUCCCUCAAUUGCUGGGAGGUGAAGUUUAAUGAUGCUGGUUGGGCGGGUCAAUAUGAUCAUUUCCUGUGUAAGUCUCAGAUUGGAUGGCUUUAUUGAUUUGCUCAUUUCCUUAAAACAUAAUGCAGUUUUGGGAAUUGUUAAAUUGAACUGCAAAUGAAGGAACCAGAGAUAUGUCUCGCAAACAACUUAUUGUAAGACUUGCAAGCAUAUCCAUGUAGUAGUGAGCAAAAUAUGAUAUUGUUUUUUAUUUAAGUUUAAUACGGAGGACUCAAUUUUACUAUGAAA